AUGGCUCCCAAGGAUCAGAAGAAAGGCGCCUCCAAGGCGACCAAGGGCUCCAAGCAGGCCAAUGCCGCCGCCAAGGCUGCCCUGAAGGGUACGCACUCCCACAAGAAGGUCAAGGCCCGCUUCACGACCUCCUUCCACCGCCCCAAGACCCUGCAGCUCUCGCGCGCUCCCAAGUACCCGCGCAAGUCGAUCCCUCAUGAGCCCCGCCUGGACGAGCAUAAGAUCAUCGUCCACCCUCUCAACACCGAGAGCGCCAUGAAGAAGAUCGAGGAGAACAACACCCUUGUCUUCAUCGUCGACGUCAAGGCCAACAAGGCUCAGAUCAAGCAGGCCCUGAAGAAGCUCUACGACAUUGACACCGUCAAGAUCAACACCCUGGUCCGCCCCGACGGUACCAAGAAGGCCUACGCCCGCCUGACCCCUGAUGUCGAUGCUCUUGACAUUGCCGCCACCAAGCUGGCCCUUGUCUAA